GACCGACUCACCGAGACCUGUUGCGAAUCAAUAUCACCAAAAACCAUCGAAACCGACUUUGCAACUGGAUGCGAAACUGAAUACUUCAACAAGCUCCUUAAAACUUAACACGAGGUCCCAAAAAAGCAGUCACCCAAAGAAAAUAGUCGAUCGAAUCCUCGAGCCCUCAGAAUGAAACCAUCGAGUUCUGGUGCGUCUCAUUCCACCACCCAGCUGGUCGCUCCAAGUCCAAUGGAAACCCUGGCCAACGAACGUCGGGAAUGUCCUUUCGACUUAUGGAGGAUGACCUGUGUCUUACAUGGUGGAGAAAAGUCGGUUCUGCUGAAGGAUAAGUUCAUGCAGGAGAUUGAACGAGAUCCAGCCUUUAAGCUGGACGACAUCCAUGACCUCACCAAGGAUCAGAUCAGAGAAAGAACGAUGGCCAAGUUUGCAAACAUGGUCCAUUACGUUACUACUGAACGCCUAGAUGUGUUUACAAAGCGAAUGGAAUUGAUCGGGAUUGCAGAUCCAGCCUUUUGGACCAGAUUUGGCGUUCAUUACGGGUUAUUCUUGGGUGCUAUCCGAUCGGGUGCGACUGCUAAUCAAUUCAGCUAUUGGUUAGACAAGGGCGUCUUGGGUCUCAAUGGGAUCACCGGCUGUUUUGCGAUGACUGAACUAGCUCAUGGCUCCAACGUUGCGGGUUUAGAAACCACAGCUACAUUUGAUGAACAGGCCGAUGAAUUUGUCAUCCACACUCCCACUAUUUCUGCCACUAAGUGGUGGAUCGGUGGAGCUGCCCAAACGGCAACCCAUUGCUCAGCCUUCGCUCGCUUAAUUGUCAAAGGCAAAGAUUACGGGACCAAAACUUUUAUCGUUCCUCUCAGGGAUCCUCGCAACUUUUCACUCUUGCCCGGAGUCAAUAUCGGCGAUAUUGGCAAGAAGAUGGGUAGAGACGGGAUUGACAACGGCUAUAUACAAUUCACCAAUGUCCGCAUCCCUCGUGCCUACAUGCUGAUGAAACAUACUCAAGUCACUCGGGAAGGCAAAGUCUUUGAACCGCCUUUGGCCCAGUUGACCUAUGGUGCACUUCUUCAGGGGCGCACAGCCAUGGUAGCUGAUGGUGCUCAUGUCGCCAAAAAGGCACUCACCAUUGCCAUCCGGUAUGGUGCAAUCCGUCGACAGUUCAAGACGGGUAACAAUCCAUUUGAGACACAAUUGUUAGAUUACACAACUCAUCAACGUAGAUUGAUGCCUUUGGUAGCUCAGGCAAUUGCCAUGGGAUUUACUGCGUUAAGAAUGACAGAUCUAUACGAGAAGCUGUCGAUGGAAUUGGAAUCCUUCGAUUCAUCGUCUGACAAGGAGCACACCGAGCGCGUCCUAGAGACCUUAAAAGAAACUCAUGCCUCGUCUGCCGGUCUGAAGGCCUUUUCCACUUGGCAGUGUCUCGAGACCAUCGACCGGUGCAGACAAACUCUGGGCGGACAUGGUUAUUCUUCCUAUGCUGGGUUAGCAUCGAUGUAUGCUGAUCAAGCCGUUCAAUGUACCUGGGAAGGCGAUAACACGAUUUUGUCUUUACAAGCGGGAAGAUCACUAAUUUCUGCCUAUCAAGAUGCCCAAAAAGGGAAAAAGCUUUCGACCGGGACGGCGUAUCUCAACGACAAGUCUAUCCUGAACGCUCGUUGUCGAUCAGACGAAGUGGUUGUGGACUUGGAUACGAUGGAUCUUGCAUGGGGGACGAUUGCGGCUAAUGUCGUCAAAAAGGCCGCGGACGUCUAUGAGAGUAAACUCAAGCAAGGCUUGGGCAAAGAUGUGGCGAUGGAAGGAUGCGCUCACGAACGUUUUUGCGCCGCUAAAAUUCACACAAUGGGUUAUAUCUUUCGCCAGUUUCGCGAUGCCUUAGGUUCGCUCUCUGAUGAGGAACCUCGAACCCUUAAGACUCUCAAAACGAUUUGCCAAUUAUAUGGCUCUUUUCAGAUUGAGGAAAAUGCAGCCUACUUCCUCAAGUAUGGAUUUUACACUCCCAAGCAGAUGGAUAUGGUCUCCGAAACCGUGACUCAACUUUGCGCUGAAGUACGAACUUACGCUGUUUCAUUGAUAGAUGCAUUCCGAUAUUCCGACCAUAUCAUCAAUAGUCCCUUUGGUAGAUAUGAUGGCAACGUUUAUUCGGCUUACUUCAAUGCCGUCCGAGCUGCCAACCCACUUCCACCAGUGCAUCCAUACUUUGACCGAUUGAUCAAGCCACUCUUAACCCGAGAGCCGCUGGAGCUGGGCGAUGCAUCGGAGAUCGGAAUUGACGAGGAGAUUGAAGAGAUUCAACAGGAACGAUCACAAGGCCUUGAUGAAAACGAUGAAGGGUCUAUUCCAUUGACCGAGAGUCAAAGACAGGAAACCGAAGGCGUCGCCGAGUGGGAAAAGAAACGCUAAAACGUUGGUCCUCGUCCAUCUGAUUAUAUGUAUCUUGAUGAUUUAGAUAGUUCACACAAGCCAUGGCUCAUAGAGUCUGUUAUCAUCCUACUCACACAUUAGCUUUUUUUUGUGGUGUUCAUUUUAUUCAUCUUAUUCAGUAAAUGUACAAGCUAAUCAUCCAUCCUUAAUCACAGAGAGCAGACAUUUGAGGUUUGACCAUUACAUACGCUCUUCCUUCUGUCCACAUCCGAGAUCCUGUUUAUAGAGACCUGUAUCAAGACCUUCCUCCCUUUUCCUUCCCAUUUUUUUCAUUCAUCGAUAGAUUCUUUUCAUUUAAGGAUCGGGGUUUGAGGCUGUCAUCCGAUCCCAGAUUGUGUACUAGCCAUCUCUUCUCUCUCUUUCUUCUGUCUCUCUAGUGUCGUUAAAGCAAAGCAUUCAUGCUGUUUGUAUUAUCUUUCAUUUUCUCUUUUCGUGUCUUUGAAUAUACAUGCAUGCAUACAGUCAUCCAUUCAUAGAUUGAUUGCUCCUGGUUCUGUAGUGUGAUUGGACAUGUAUCCUCUUGUUAGGUUAGGAUGUUCUCCAUCAGUCCUACUAUUUAAAAGAGUGGGGUAUAAGCUGCUACCACUGGAGAACCCUCAUGGUCUGAUGUUUUCCAAGCUUAUGUAGUACAUGAUGUGGAUCUUACUGUGAAAUUCCUCUGCAUUAUUUUCGAUAAUUUGCAACAGUCUCUUUCUUCCCCUAGUUAUCUACAUAACCCCCUGUUUUUGACUAGCAAAAACUUUAGCAGCUGAACUAUGUACAAUGUGAAUUACAGAUUCGUACGA